AACCUAGAACGACGAAGACGUUGGAGUGGAAGCUCCAAAGACAUAGAAGUAGACGAGGAUGAGGAACUAAUGGAUGAAUUAGAACAGGGGGAAGAGCCUGUAGAUGAAGAUCCAAGGCUGAAGAAAGAGGAAGAAGAACUUUCCAAAAUUGCUACUGGGAUUGGCAAGGUAUUCUUAAAAACUGUAAAAGAAAGAGAAAAAAUACGAGCUUGGAAAAAGACUCACAUAGAUCCCCGGAAUGCCUCCCGCACUCCUUCAGCAAACCGAGAAGUAGCAAUUAGGAUGCGGUAUAACAAUCCUGUUAAUGCUUCCCCUUCUCGUGAUCUUGAUCAUCCACGACCCUGGGAUGAUGAUACAUUUGAUCGAGGUUCUGGGUACAGGUCAUCAGUUGGAAGGUCAAUAGGAACAACACCUACAUAUAAUGUUGUGUCAUCCUUACGUACAGUACCUAAACCAGGCUAUGGACUCUCAACUAAGUGUUCAACUUUACCAGUUGGAGGGAGAGAUUAUGUGGUUGCAUUUUAUCAGGUAGUUGCUACUUUAUUAAAAGAUGCUGGUAAAACAGCCAUGUUAUAUCCUGAUCCAUAA